CUGCUCCUUCAGAGACGCUCAGGUGGUGGCGGAAACCGGAAAGGCAAGAGUAAGAAAUGGCGACAGAUGCUGCAGUUCCCCCACGUCAGCCUGUGCGAGGAUCUUCGACAAACCCUCGAGCGGGACUACCACAGCCUGUGCGAGAAGCAGCCCAUCGGGCACAUGCUCUUUCGGCAGUUCUGCGAGACACGACCUGAGCUGUCACGCUGCGUCAAGUUCCUGGAUGCCGUGGCAGGGUACGAAGUGGCUCCAGAUGAGAAGCGGAAGGAAUGCGGGCAGCACCUGAUUGAAAAGUACUUGAAGCCAAAUAGUGAGGACCAUGUGCCUGAAGUCCCCGCACAGCUGGUUGAUGCCUGUUGUGAGAGGCUGGAGCAGGAACCUUCCAAGGAGCUCUUCAAGGAAUCCACUAAGCUUAUCCACGACUACCUGAGUGUGGCUCCGUUUGCCGACUACCUCGACAGCUUGUACUUCAACCGCUACCUGCAGUGGAAAUGGCUGGAACGGCAGCCAGUGACCAAAAACACUUUCCGCCAGUACCGUGUGCUGGGCAAGGGCGGUUUUGGGGAGGUGUGUGCCUGCCAAGUGCGUGCCACGGGGAAGAUGUACGCCUGCAAGAAGCUGGAGAAGAAACGGAUCAAAAAGCGGAAGGGAGAGGCCAUGGCCCUGAAUGAGAAGCAGAUCCUGGAAAAAGUGAACAGUAGGUUUGUAGUGAGCUUAGCCUAUGCAUAUGAAACUAAAGAUGCUCUCUGCCUAGUGCUGACCCUCAUGAAUGGAGGGGACCUCAAGUUCCAUAUCUACCACAUGGGAGAGGCCGGCUUCGAGGAGCCCCGGGCGGCUUUCUAUGCUGCCGAGAUCUGCUGUGGCCUCGAGGACUUGCACCAGGAGAGGAUAGUGUACAGGGACCUGAAGCCAGAGAACAUAUUGCUGGAUGACCACGGUCACAUCCGUAUCUCAGACCUGGGGCUAGCUGUGCACGUGCCAGAGGGCCAAACAAUCAAGGGCCGGGUGGGGACAGUUGGCUACAUGGCUCCGGAGGUGGUGAAGAACGAGCGCUACACAUUCAGCCCAGACUGGUGGGCUCUGGGCUGCCUGGUGUACGAGAUGAUCGAGGGACAGUCCCCCUUCCAGCAGCGCAAGAAGAAGAUCAAGCGGGAGGAGGUGGAGCGGUUGGUGAAGGAAGUGCAGGAGGAGUACUCGGAGAAGUUCUCGCCCUGCGCCCGCUCCCUCUGCACCAUGCUCCUGUGCAAAGACCCUCUGGAGCGCCUGGGGUGCCGAGGAGCUGGGGCCAAGGAAGUGAAGGAGCACCCUCUCUUCAAGCACCUCAACUUCAGGAGGCUGGAAGCAGGCAUGCUGGACCCCCCCUUCAAGCCAGAUCCCCAAGCCAUCUACUGCAAGGAUGUUCUGGACAUUGAGCAGUUCUCCACGGUGAAAGGGGUGGAGCUAGAGCCCACGGACAAUGACUUCUACCAGAAGUUUGCUACGGGAAGCGUGCCCAUUCCUUGGCAGAACGAGAUGAUCGAGACGGAGUGUUUUAAGGAGCUGAAUGUCUUUAGCACAGACGGCACAGUGCCCCCAGACCUGGACUGGAAAGGGCAGCCUUCUCCGCAGCCCAAAAAAGGGUUGCUCCAGCGCUUAUUCAGCAGACAGGACUGUUGUGGAAACUGCAGCGACAGCGAGGAAGAGCCCACCCGGCUGUAG